AUGUCUUCAGGGCCCGAAGGAAGUCCCUCCAGCGCCGCGCGAAGAGGUCGACCACGACGCCAGUACAAGUGCGCGCACUGCUCGAAAGCCUUCAAGCGCAGCGAGCACUGCAUUCGUCACGAGAGAACCCAUACGCACGAGAAGCCUUACGUGUGUCGAUACUGUCACAAGUCAUACGCGAGGAAGGACCUUGUUACGAGACACGAGCGCACUCUGCAUGCGAAGGAGCAAGCAAAAGAAAAGAUUGGAGAUGUGGUGACAGUAGCAUGCGCGCCACUGGCGCAAGCAACAGUGUUCUCCCCGUCGAAAGGCGAUGACUACAUGAACGUAGACCAAGAGGAAGACGAAAGAUCCGGCCAGGAAUCUCCAGACUCGCAGUCGCCAGUCGAUGGCGUCGCUUCUUCCACAACAUCACCAUGUUCCAGUCAACGGCGCCGAGCCAACUCACGACGGAAGUCAUACUCUCGGCAAGCAGCCGAUCCCGACAUCGAACUUGAACGAAUGUUGAUGUCGUUUCAGCCAUUAACUGACCAAUCCUUCGAGACGCGCAGGGAUCCAAGUACUCUUAACCGAGCCACCGAAAGUCGUCCCGCAGACAUAUUCCAGCAUGAUGCUCAACAGGAAGGAAACUUGCUGCAGCUUCAGUACUUCCACGACGUCGAUCCAGUUGAAGAGUUGCCACCGCUAGACCCAGCGUUAUUCAUGAACAUGGAUCUUCCCUUUGAAAGUAUUGCCAUGGAGAUGCCAAGUGAAUAUCCAGCAGAAAACGGGCUUGAGACUGGCGCUUUACGAGAACAACCCCCUCGUCAACCACAAAAUCCACCGGAGAAGAGCGGUGCUGCUGAUCCAUCCACGGAAAACGACGAGCUAUUUUCACCGAGAACACUGGCCCAUCUCGGCAUGGGCGCAUUUGACCUCUCGCCCAUACCAGGUGACACCGCGGAGCAGAGAGAUGAUCGAAGACGAAUUCCACGCCAUCCCAAUACUGAAGACCCUUCAAGCGGAGCCCCCCCUGGAUGGGCUAGCUGCCAAAUACCCUCGGCUAGCAGCGAUCUCCCUUCUCUACUCGAAGACGGGCGUCAACAAUAUCCGACCGUGACCUUUGACGAAGAGACGUGUGCGUAUCUUCGCAAAGACAUGUCUUCGCGGCUGAGAACAGCAGCUGGAGAGUUCCAACUGCCCACCGCCAAAACGUUGCAGGGCUUCCUGUCUGCUUACAUGACGAGUUUUCAUAGCCACUUUCCGAUCAUUCAUAUGCAAACUUUUGAUUUGGCACACACUCCGGGCCCCUUGGUGCUUUCCAUCUGUUCCAUCGGCGCUCUCUAUCGCCUAGACCGACGUCGAGCGCGUCAUCUUUAUGACUUGUCAAUCCGCAGUGUGGAACAGGUGCCUCAACCAACCAAGGACGAUUCCAAAUCCAUGGUAAAGGACUACUUCCUUUGGUUUGUGCAAGCGAAAAUUCUUCUUAGCUUUUACGCAGUCAUGAGCGGGGAGAAGGAUCUCGUUGACGCAACGAUGAAGGACAAUGGCUUCUACACCUUGGUCUAUAACAAAGCUCGAACUGCGGUAGAAAACACUGAAACAGAACCAUCCGAGAUGACGUGGCACACGUGGAUAGAGCUAGAGUCGUGGAAGCGCGCGCUGGGGGGCAUCUUCAUAGAGAGUACCCUCACUAUGGUGAUCUACGACGUCAAUCCUGGAUUUCAUGCGACCCAAGAUCUGGAUAUCGAAGCGUAUCAAGAUGAAAAGAUGUGGAACGCGAGGUCACCUGCAGAGUGGCGAGAGCUUCGGACAGCUGCCUCGAAAAGCUCGCCAUACAGUCGACGACACACAAUCAAAGAUGUACUUGUUGACAUUCUACUUGAAGGAAGGUAUCAUGCCGACACGGUACCGUACCGCGUGUCGACCUUUACUGCCCUCGUCUUGACCCAUGCGGUCGUCGUUCACAUGUGGCAGAGAUUACAAGUCUGCCAGGCCCUCGCUUCAACAUGUCCGAUUGCAAGGAAUGAUAUUGGUGAUGAACAAGACCCUCUGAGAGCUUCGCUCCUCAACGGUGCUAUGCAGUCGUUGGCUCGGUGCGAUGCUUUUCUCCAAGGCGUCAGGAGCGAGUUACGACAACCACGUCCAGAAGAAGACGAGAAGGACAAAGAAAUCUCGCUUGUAUUCAACUGCCAGGCAGUCUUGCGCAUAGCCUACACAAAGCUGUCGAAAAUAUCCACCACUCCCUGUCGAAUCAGCUUGUUGAGCCUUGAGGAUAUGGACGUAGGGUCAUGCGUGUCAUCAUUCAUUAUGGGCAGGAUGGAACGAAGCUCCCACAUUCUCAAGAUGGUUUCGAAGGCCUUCGAAGGCAUGGUUGUUCCAGUCAAGAUGGGGCAUCUUCUGGUCCGGAAGACUGCCGCUUUUCGAUGGAGUGUUGAGCAUGCUGUGGCAGGGUGGACGGGUGCUCUUCUAGUAUCAAAAUGGGCUCAGUCCAUAGAACAGGACAAGAUAGCCGGGAUGCAGCCAAUUCAGAGCGAGCUGGAGCUAUUAGCCUUGAUCAGAGAGACUCUAGAUGAGGCCGAGUGCGAUAUCGGGGAGGGCACGACUCUUGCUGCCGGAAUUGCCAGGACGUGGGGCUGGUUUCUGUCAGAUGUCUGGGUGUGGGGCAUUACGCCACGGAUGGGAGGAAUACUGAACCAACUGGCCGAUGCGUAUCAAGACGCGUAUGAUGCCAGCUGCCGUAAACCUACCGGCGUGACGUACAACGCGGAAAAGACGGCUGGAAGAUCCGAUGGAAUGGCAGUUGCCCUUAAAGAUCUGGAGUCGAAAGCACGGGGGGAGGUCCAAGUCUCCGCUCUCAGAGGCGGCGAGUUCACCCUCCCCAAGCGGUUCUUCGUCGCGGGGGUGUCUGAGGACGAGACCUCGCUUGUGCCAUCACUCUCUUUCCUCAUCUCGCAGAAUUUAUUCGAAGGGGGUCAUCGACGCAUUCUUUACGAUCUGGGCUUGAGACGGGACAUUGGUCGCUAUUCUACGCCGAUACAAAACCACACAAAGAAUCGUCAGCCGAUGACCUUAUUACCGGACGUCCGACAGAGCCUGAUCGAUGGAGGUCUUGAUGUGGCAGCUAUAGACGAAGUUAUACUCAGCCACGUCCACUGGGACCAUAUUGGAACUCCUUCCGACUUUCCCAAUGCUCGCUUUCGAUCUGAUCUUUUCGACGGCCUCAGGGUUGAAGAGAUCACGGGCCCCAGGGAACACGUAGACGCAGCAGGAUUCACAAAUGGUUGGAAGAAUUUGGAGGGAUUGAGAAUACUGGAUAUUGGGGGAAGCGACGAUGGUUCCUUGUUUGCUGUCGAUUUGCCAGGCCACUUGCCUGGACAUCUUGGACUUCUUGCAAGACCACUAAGCCUAGGAUUUAUUGGCCUUGGGGCUAUGGGUUUGCCCAUGGCCUCCAAUCUCGUCGCCAAGGUGGCGAAGGGUUCUCAGACAUACGUCUACGAUAUCUCAGAGACCUCCAUGAAGAGACUCAUCGAUCAGGCAACGAAUGCGGAUAUCACAGGGUGCAAGUCUCCGAGAGAAGUUUCACAAAAGGCUGACAUAGUUUUCACAAUGCUUCCAGAGGGCAGCCAUGUGAAAACCGUCUACUUGGACCCAGACACCGGGAUAUUGGGUCCUGAGCUGAAGUCCCGCUUGCUCAUCGAUUGCUCAACUAUCGACACGGAGACGUCCCAGCUGGUAUCAAACACUAUCAAAUCCCACUUUCCAUCCACAUUCUUCUGCGAUGCACCUGUAUCUGGCGGCACCCUCGGUGCGGAAGCCGCUACAUUGACUCUGAUGACUGGUUGCUCCGAAAAAAAUCCGAACUGGCCAGAAAUUCGCGACUUACUGGGUCUCAUGGGCAAGAAUAUCAUUGCAUGUGGCGGCCCAGGCUUGGGUCUUACGGCAAAGCUUUGCAACAACUACUGCUCGGCGCUCAUUUCACUUGCAACAUCCGAAGCCAUGAACAUCGGGAUGAGAGCGGGCAUCGAUCCUCGACUCCUCGCGCGCGUGUUCUCCAACAGUACUGCACAAAGCACGAUCUGCGACAAGUGGAAUCCUGUGCCUGGCAUCUGUCCAAAUGCCCCAGCAAGUCACGGGUAUCAAGGCGGCUUCAAGAUUCAGUUGAUGGCAAAAGACUUUGGCUUAGCUGUGUCUAUGGCGGAUAAGGUUGACGCAAAGUUGAUUCUUGGUGCUGUUGGCCUCAGAGCCUACAAGGAGGCGAGUCAAGAUUCCAAAUGUCGCGAUCUUGACUCUCGCGUGCUUUACAGAUACAUUGGAGGCAACGAGGACUGGCAAGUUGAUUGA